CAGAGUCAGAGUCAGAGUCGGAAUCAGAAUCAGAAUCAGAGCUAACCAACGCUGUCAGCGUCAGCACGGACAGGAAACUUUAACGCCAACUCCAAGCAAAUAAACCAAAACUAAUAAAAUACAUAAAAAUGCCCAUCUCCGAUUUCCGCAAGAAGAAGCUGCUGUUCCUGUUCAACGUCUUCUUCGAUGUGAACCAAAGCGGCGAAAUUGAUGUUAAGGACUUCGAGAUGGCCAUUGAGCGCGUUUGCAAACUGCGCGGUUGGGCAAAGGACACGCCAAAGAACAAGGAGACUUACGAUGUCAUGAUGGAAAUUUGGACUGGUCUGCGAUCGAAGGCUGACAAGGAUAACGAUGGCCAGGUCAGCGUGGACGAGUGGUGCAACAUGUGGGACGCAUACGCCAAGGAUCCCAGCAGCGUGAUGGACUGGCAGAACGCGUACAUGAACUUCAUGUUCGACUUGGAGGACGCUUCGCAUGACGGCGGCAUCGAUGUGACGGAGUUCACGCUGGUCUGCUCCAGCUACGGCCUGGACAAGAAGGAGUGCGAGGAGGCAUUCGCCAAGAUGUCCCAGGGCCAGACCGACGUGACCCGCGAGCAGUUCGCUGCCUUGUGGAAGGAGUACUUUGCCGCCGAGGACGCCAACGCGCCCGGCAACUUCAUCUUUGGCAAGACCUCGUUCUAA